AUGGCAUCCUCUAAUACCGGUUCUAAUAAUGCUAGUGAUAGGAAACUCACGCGUGAUAGCUCAAUGGAUAGUCAUGCAAGAUUUAAUCUUUCGCCAGUACCAAGUGUUGAAGAUGAUGAAGAUGAUGGUGUUGGUUAUCCAUCUGGACAAGGUUUAUCAAGUAUUGAUCAAAAUGAUAGUGGGGAAGAAGCUGAAUCUCUUGCUAAUGAUGCAGGAAAUACAACGACUGUUACAAUGUACGAUGCAAAUCAUGGUCCUAGUAGUCCAUCAGCAAAGAAAUAUGAUCAUCAAAUAACUGAUGUAACAUAUGUUGUUCGUAAACAUUAUGAAAAUUUUGAAACAAUAGAUUGGCUAAAAGAUUUAAUGCGAAAUCGUAUUCGUCAUCGUAAUUUACGGGCACAUAGACGAGAGAAUUGGCAAAAGCGAUUUGCUUUUUGGUUUGAUAAAUGGAGUGGAUGGAUCUGUGUUUUAUUAGUUGGUAUAUCAGCAGGUCUUGUCGCUGGUUUUGUUGAUAUUGGAGCAAAAUGGAUGAGUCAUUGGCGAACUGGUGUUUGUUCAUCAGCAUUUUGGCUUAAUCGUGAACAGUGUUGUUGGGGUUCGAGAGAUGUUGAAUUCGAUGAUGUUCAUAAUGAACUAUGUGAAUAUUGGCAAUCAUGGUCUGCAAUAUUUGGUAUGAAUGAAUUAUCAGCAACUUUUAUUGUUGUUCUUGUUGUUGGUUCUGCUCCAUAUGCAAGUGGAUCAGGUAUUCCUGAAAUAAAAACAAUUUUAUCAGGUUUUAUAAUGUAUGGUUAUUUGGGACUUAUUGUCGGUAAAGAAGGUCCAUUUGUACAUAUUUCUUGUUGUUGUGGAAAUCUUUUUUCAAAAUUGUUUCCAAAAUAUGGUCAUAAUGAAGCACGUAAACGUGAAAUAUUAUCUGCAGCUGCAGCUACAGGUGUAUCAGUUGCAUUUGGUGCACCAAUUGGUGGAAUUUUAUUUAGUUUAGAAGAAAUAAGUUAUUAUUUUCCAUACAAAACAUUAUGGCGAACAUUUCUUUGUUGUAUGGUUGGUGCACUAGUUGUACGUACAAUAAAUCCAUAUGGAAAUGGACAUGAAAUUCAAUUUCCUGUUGAAUAUAAUGUACCAUGGGCAACAUUUGAAGUUAUACCAUUUAUUGGUCUUGGUGCAUUAGGUGGUUUAUGGGGAACAUUAUUUAUAAAAACAAAUAUACGUUGGUUAAAAUAUAAAAAAACUUGUCAAAUUGGACAAUAUCCACGUGCUGAAGUUAUUAUAUUAACUUUAAUAACAGCUAUUAUUUGUUAUCCAAAUCAGUAUUUAAGAUUAACAAUGCCUGAAUUAAUACGACGAUUAGUUGGACAAUGUCAUGUUGAUGACCAUAUGGAUUUAUGUGAUUAUGCACGAGAUAAACCAAUUGGAACAGCAACAGCUAAAUUAUAUGCGUCUUUAGCUGGUCCUGGUAUACAUCGUGCUAUUUGGCAAUUAUCAUGGGCAUUAAUUGUUCAAAUAACUCUUGUUAUAUUUACAAUUGGUACAAAAGUUCCAUCAGGUUUAAUUGUUCCAAGUAUUUCAAUAGGAGCUAUAGCUGGUCGUAUUAUUGGUGUUAUAACAGAGCAAAUAGCAUAUCAAAAUCAACAUUUAGCUAUAUUAAGACAUGAAUGUGGAGUUUCAAAUGAGCAUUGUGUUACACCUGGACUUUAUGCUGUUGUUGGUGCAUGUGCAUUUUUAGGUGGUGUUAGUCGAAUGACUGUAUCGCUUGUUGUUAUUAUGAGUGAAGUAACUGGUGGUUUAUCUUAUAUUGUUCCAUUGAUGGUUGCAGCAUUAACAGCGAAAUGGGUAGGUGAUGCAUUUGGCGAAGGAAUCUAUGAAGAGAAUGUUAAAUUAAGUGGUUAUCCAUAUUUAGAAAAUCGUGAAAGUUUUCGAUUUACUUUAAAAGCGGGUGAAGCAAUUCGUGCAAAUCGUUCUAGUGAAGCAAUUCCAUUAGCAUGUAUUGUACAAGAUGGUAUGACAAUACUUCAAAUAGAUACACUCGUUCGUCGACAUCCACAUUCAAUUUAUCCUGUUAUACUUAGUGAAGAUUUUCCUUGUAUUGUUGGUCAAGUUCAACGACGUGAUUUAUUAGCUGUACUAAAAUCACGUAAAACUCAAUUAACAUUUGCACAACCAAAACCAUUACUUAAUAGAAAAGUUUCCGUUGUAUCAAUGUCAAAUUUAUUAAAUAAAUCUGGUCAACCAUCAACAUUAGGAAUGCGUAGAGCAUCAUUAGCAUUACAAGCAUCAAGAGUUUUACAAUUACAUAAAUUAGUUGAUCGUGCACCAAUUAUUGUAACUGAUCAAACACCAGUUGAAGCUGUUGUUGAUAUGUUUAGAAAACUCGGUUGUCGACAAAUAUUUGUUACAAAAAAUGGUCGUCUGCAAGGUAUUUUAACGAGAAAAGAUAUUAUUCGAUUAAUGCAUGAAGCUAAUGUAUCAGGCAGAUUUGAACAUUAA